AUGUCUGAAUCAAAAUCUAAACUCCAAGAUAAUCCCCGCGGUGUAUUGGAGCAACACAUAACCGCACUUCAAAGUGAAUCAAAAAUUGAUCGAAGACAAGCUUUAGUGAAAAUAAAUGAAGAAAUAUUCAAUAAUCCUGAUAACGAAGGCUGCGAUUUGACUGUAGUUUUUCCUGAAAUCUAUGCUUAUAUAUUAAAAAGUUUUUCAGACACUUCAGAGUCAUGUCGAGAAAAUGCAAUAAUAAUAACGUCCAAUUUUAUACAACGCUUACCAUUAAAUGAUUAUUAUUUAACUUAUAUACUCCCUGUCAUUGUCCGUCGUAUUGGUUGCCCAGAAAUAAUAGAAGAAUCGGAAGAAAUUCGCCUCAUUCUAAUUGAGCUUGUGCAUAAAAUUCUGCUUAAGUACAAAGGAACACAUCUACUCAGUUCAUUUAUUAAUGACUUUACAAGCAUCCUGACAAAGACUAGUACCGAUCCAUUUCCGAAAGUGAAGUUAGAAGCAUGUGAAUGCAUCAUUUUACUAACUAAAAUACUGCAGAGAGAUUUUCAUUUCCAAUCAGAAAGUUACGUGAAACCACUAUUGUCCAACUUUGCUCACCAACAUUUUAGAGUGAGGGUUGCAGCUGUAAGAGCUAUUGGCGCUGUAGUGUUAGCAGGAAAUGUGAAAUGUUUUGAGCUGUCCAUCACUCCAAUGGCAGAGAAACUAUUUGAUGAGAACACUCAAGUAAGGCUGCAAGUGACUAUGGAAGUUGGCAAUUGGAUGCUGUGUUAUAGAGACCGCUACUCAUUCUGGCAUCGUAUGAUACCGCUUCUGCUUACUAGUUUAAGCGAUAUAAUGGCAGAUAUUAGAGAAGCAGCAACCGAAGUCUGGGAUGACAUUGGGCUUCAAUACAUGGAGGAGAAUGAAGAAGAUCUGAAAAAGAAAUCGGACUUUCUCAAAGAUGUUCCAUCCCACUAUCCAGAUGUGAAACGACCCAAUCUUGGAUGCAGGACUUUAGUGCAAAGUAAUAUUGGAAAAAUUGUACCAGCCAUUAGUCGAGAGAUGGAAGGCUGGCAGGCGGACCCGAGGCUUCGUUGCGCGCAGCUCUUGUGUUGGUUGCUACUGUGCUCGGAAGAUGGUUGCACUCAACAUGCCAAUACAAUUGUUAGGACUUUACACCGAGGAGCGUCUGAUGAUGACCAGAGAGUGGUACUCGAGAUUAAACGUGCAUCAGAAUUGUUUGGUUAUUUCAUAACACCAGACACAUGGUGGCCAUUGUUGGAAGCUGAAGUGGAUUCUUGGAGCGCCCUCUUCGUUAUUACAAACAUUCUCAAGGGAUCUCGUGCUGAGUUAGUUAAAGAGAAGGUCAUGGUCGAACUUUGUAAGGAACUCUCUGAUCCGGAUAGAUGUAGAAUUAGAAAGCCAAAAUAUCAAACAAACAUGCUGCUCGUAACUGAAGCGUUGAUGGACCUGUGCAAGGAGGAUUGUAAGGCAGUGGCGGAACAACUGUUCAUUAUCAAUUUUACAAUCUACGCUAUGCCUUAUGAUGAUAAAAUGCAAUUUAUGGCGUUAUCAAAUUUAGACAAGCUCCGGUCGAUAGAAAAGUGCGGUCGAACUCUUACAUCGUUGUAUGAGAUCCACAUACGACGAGUACUAUCGGACAUCACUAGUGAUGCGCUUACUUGGUCCAUGUUGACGCCUGACAGGUGCCUGUUGGAGUGUGUUCUGAUACAUUCUGGCUCGGCAAUUGGAGCUCAGUUACAUUUAAUAGCGCCAUUAUUAAAAGAAUGCUUGGCCCCGCCCAAAGUGGACGCGGAGGUGAAACUCAAAAUAUUCACCGUGCUAUCAACAGUAUUACUGAAAAGACAAACGAAUUUCAGCAAGAGUGAAUCUGAAAAUUUGGAGGCUUUCUUGAAGAUUGUAAUAAAUGAUAUAAUAAUGCCUAACCUAGUCUGGUCCCCCGGUCGCACCGCCGAGGCGAUCCGUACAGCGGCCGUGGCCUGCCUCUGUUCCGCGUUGCAAGAGAACCCUGAGAACUAUGAAGUCACAGUUGAAAAGGGAUCCGAUGGAGAUAAUAAGGAUGAGAAAGUAAACCUUUUUCCUACAAAGGAGUCUUUGGAACCCUUCUUAGACCAGAUGGUUCCACUGUUAGUGGGAUUGACGGACGAUAACUCCACUUUGACAAGACAGCACACGUUGCGAGCUAUAUGCUGUCUCGCGACUUUGUCUAAACAACGAGGUUGUUUUACUGUAGAUAUAUUGCACAAAUUAUAUUUUGUGGUUCUCAAACGUCUAGACGACAGCAGCGACAAGGUCCGCUCUAUCGCAGUAGAAACCCUCUGCACGCUGUUCCAAUGCCGGCCGCAGUAUGACACGGCGGUGUUCAACGCGCACAUAGACGCGUUGUACAGCGCCAUGUUGGUGCAUCUGGACGAUGCUGAUGAGGGAUUCAGGAAGGAAAUGCUGGAUGCUUUGAUCAAACUCAGUGAAAUAGACCCAAGACUUUUAAUGAAGAAGGUUAAAUCCAACAUCCACCUCUACAGAAAUAAAGCUGCUUAUGAACGACUGUCAAGUCAUAUUGAAAAGAUUAUUGAA